GAUGUUGUUGAUAUCGUACCCGGACCGCGAACCGCAAUUUCUUCUGUUGUCAUUUCAGUUCGAGUUUCUGUCUGUUAUAAAACGGUUCCUUUCACCAAGCACAAGUCAUGGGCACCAAUGCAAAGUUUAUUAACGAAUUCUGUGAUAUUAUUGAUUCCUAUGGAGGGAGAGAUAAGGUAAUACAGCACUCCCCCACUCAGCAAGUACAUUUCCAUUAAAUUCGCCGCACACCUGUUUUGUUUACGUUUUUUUCCAAACGAGUGUUUAUCCAAUUAUGUUUGUUUUCCAAAAUGCUUCGUGGCAUUUUUGACAUGCUCCAUUGGGGGGCUCGUUUGGUAUUUAAAAAGGCUGAAACCUAACCAACUGGUUUUCAGCAUAGUUGUUGCACAUUGGAGGUCUCGGCCGGAGCUUGAGGAAGUGUCUCAGUCGCGUGGACCUUGCCUUACUUCUUUCAGUGUUUUUGCAAUGGCUUGGUUUUGCGUCUCUUAUCAGUUUCCAUUCGUCGGCGAUUGACUCAAGAUAAUGUUAAAUACUAUAGCCGGCAAGCCGUUAACCCGCUGCCAGAUAAAGCGGAUAAUACGCUACGAGCGAAAGGUACGUGUGCUCGUGCAUCCCCCAGGAACACGCAAUCCACCACUUACCAGUCCCAUCUACUAACUAAUUCAUUGAUGGCCAAGCAAACAAAAUGCACUAUUAAUGGGAAUAAACAAAGGGAGCCACCCAACACCUUCCCACUACUACCCUUCGGGUGCAGUGUAUCAACAACCAUUGAACGAGAUGCUUGUGGCAUUCGUAGUGUUCUUUUUAUCGCUGAUAGUAUUUUAUCUUUUUGUGACAAGCAAGCAAUUUCACAAAUUGCAGGGCUGAACUGGUGCCUCCGGAUCCGGGUCAAGCCAAGGUGAUGAAGGCACUUUGCUACAGCGCCAAACUGGUGGCUGGAUACCAUGCCAAGCGGAAUCCAGAUCUGGCCAAGCGAUAUGCCACCGCCAGCUCCAAAAUUUCCGGAGCCCGGGCCACCCUGCGACUGAUCGAUGAUAUACCCAUGAUUCAGUAUGCCUUGGAGUACGGAUUGGGUGAAAACGAACCGGAUCGCGUCAUGGCUGUGUUGGGUGUGACGGCAAAUAUUGUGGAUCUACUGUAUUAUCCCAUUGAGAAGGUCUGCUGGCUGGCCGAGCACAAAAUAGUAGAUGUUAAGAAUGCAGAGAGCUGGGACAACGUCAACUCGAUAUUCUGGGUGUUGUCAGUGUAUCUGAAUCUCAUGAGAACCAUGAGGAACUUUUCCCUAAAUCAAGAUAAACUAAAUCGUACCAGUAACAUAAGCGACCUCGAAGCCAAAACCUUGGCCAAACAUCGCCUGGAGAUGAUCUCAAUUGUUCGCAUCUCUCUCGACUUUGUACACGCUGUCAGUACUCUCCCAAAAGGCUACCUCUGGGGCGGAAAACUCUCCACCUUUCAAGUGGGAGCCAUUGGAACACUAUCCGCCGGAUUGGGCAUCUACCAGAUCUUUGCCAAGAGAAGACUGAACAAGUAGCAGAAAUAGUCGCCGUGUUGUCAUUGUAUCACUCGUCCUAUUUGUUGAUCGCAAUAUUAAGCUAGUCGGUAAUUGUUUUUUGUAUGAAGAAGAAUUUUGGAUGGAAAUCACAGG